CUCUCCUCCGAGGAGUCCAAAGGAUAAAGCCUGGUUAUAAAAGGCCAUGGCCAGCCUGCUGGGCUGUGAGUGGAGCUCCACUGUCUCACAAUGCCGCCCAUUUGGAUCACCGGCUUUCUCCUGCUGACCACAGUCAGAGGGAUGGAAAUCUGCUAUAAACCUUUUGGCUGCUUUUCCGAUGAAAAACCAUGGGGCGGGACCGUUCAACGGCCUUUAAAGAUGUUUCCCUGGGCCCCCAAGGAUAUUAAAGCCCAAUUUCUUCUGUACACAAAUGAGAAUCCGAACAACUACCAACGGAUCUCUCCCACGGACCUAUCCACCAUCGAGGCUUCAAACUUCCAACUGGACCGAAAGACACGCUUCAUCAUCCACGGUUUCAUAGACAAGGGGGAGGAGAGCUGGCUGACCGACAUGUGCAAGAAAAUGUUUAAAGUGGAGGAGGUGAACUGCAUUUGUGUGGACUGGAGACAUGGCGCCCUGACAGAUUACACCCAGGCUGUGCACAACAUUCGGGUCGUUGGAGCGCAGAUAGCUUUCUUAAUACAAGGACUGUCGACCGAGAUGGGCUACGGCCCCGAGAACGUGCACCUCAUCGGCCACAGCCUGGGCGCGCACGCGGCCGCGGAGGCGGGCAGGAGGCUGCAGGGCCGCGUGGGCAGGAUCACAGGACUGGAUCCGGCAGAGCCAUGCUUCCAGGGCACUUCUGAGGAGGUUCGGCUGGAUCCAUCCGAUGCCAUGUUUGUGGAUGUGAUUCACACAGACAUUGCUCCCAUAAUUCCUUUCCUAGGUUUUGGAAUGAGCCAAAAGGUUGGCCAUCUGGAUUUCUAUCCAAAUGGAGGAAGGCAGAUGCCUGGAUGUCAGAAAAAUAUUCUUUCAACCAUUGUUGAUAUAAAUGGACUAUGGGAAGGAACCCGAGACUUUGCAGCUUGUAAUCACCUGAGGAGCUACAAGUAUUACGCAAGCAGCAUCCUCAACCCCGACGGCUUCCUGGGCUACCCGUGUGCCUCCUACAAUGAGUUUGAGGAGAAAGGCUGUUUCCCUUGUCCAGCCGAAGGAUGCCCCAAAAUGGGGCACUAUGCUGACCAAUUUCAGGGGAAAACCAGUGCUGUGGGACAAACGUUUUUCCUGAACACAGGCGAGAGUGGUAACUUUACUCGCUGGAGAUACAGGGUAUCGGUCACACUGGCUGGAAAAAAGAAAGCGAGUGGGUACAUCAGGAUUGCUUUGUAUGGAAGUAAUGGAAACUCAAAACAGUAUCAAAUUUUCAAAGGAUCCCUCAAACCAAAUGCACAACAUACGCUUGACAUUGAUGUGGACCUCAAUGUUGGAAAAAUCCAAAAGGUUAAGUUCCUCUGGAACAACCAUGUGAUAAACAUCUUCCCGGCCAAACUGGGAGCUUCCCAAAUCACAGUGCAAAGUGGUCAAGAUGGGACUAAGUAUAAUUUUUGUAGCAGUGAUACCGUGAAAGAAGACGUUUUACAAUCUCUUUACCCUUGUUAAAAAUGUGGUGCUUGCUCUUCUUGUACCUCGGUGGUAAUAAAUUUUUAUGCCCUUAGAUUGAUGUUGAAGUGCUGGUCUGACAUUCUCUGUACUCUGGGGUCACUUUUCAGAAAUGAUUUUUGGGACUGGAGCCAAGUUGGCUACAGGUAGUGCCUGAAACCUCCCACUGGCACUCCUCUGCCACCAUCUCUCUCAGGGGAAUUUGUGUGGCCUGUUCUCAUGAAUUUUAUUUCCUUCGAUAAUAAAGUCCUAUUUGAAAAGCUCAUCAU